CAGACCAGGAGGACACAGGCCCACAGAAUUCACAAGAGGGGAAGUAUAGAGAGAGGGAGGAGCGGCACCGGAGCCUGGAGGGGAGAUUUCGUUUGGCGCACUAGGGAGUGGAGAGCGAUAGAGUUGGAAGGUGGAAUCAGAAAUCCACGGCGAAUACAGGGAGUAGGGGGGAUCUGGAGCUCCUGAGGAGUAGUAGUAGGUAGGAGCUGUAAUUGUAACGGUUGGCAUAGGGGGAUCCUCUCGAUCUGUUCUUGAGCUGGAAGACUCCCAUCUUUUGAGCCGCGGAGCUGGAGAAACUUGGAUCUCGAGGCCCUCCAAGAGAAACCGUUUCUCGCUGCUACCCUCCUGCAUUGCUGCCUCUCCCCCCUCACACCCGACCUGCCACAAGGAGAAGGGUGGAAUCUCUGCUCGCCUUCUCCACUAAUCGGCUCAGAAUCUGGGUUCCUUGACCUGUUCUUGGGAGCGCCGUGCCUCAAAUCUUUAGGGGGGAAAAAGGUCGAUUUUUUUUUUGUGUGUGUGUUGGGUAGAUGCGGGAGUGAUGUCGACUACUUUAUGAGCUGCCCCCUCCCCUGCUACUUUGGGGGUUUAGAUUCGCUAUAGUUAUGGCGGAUCUCGCCAUGGACCAUUAGGAGUUCCAUUUCGUCGAAGGCGAAAGGAGCUUGCCCGUAAGCUGCAAUGUCUCUCAAGAGCAUCGUUCGGGAGCUGAAGGAGAUGAGGGACGGCAUCGGGAGCAUGUCGAGACGCGGCGGCAGCGGCUCCGACGGCCGCGCCGCCGGCCACGCCCGCUCGGGGUCGCGGCAUUCCUGGCCUAGCCUGUGGGCGGAGCAGCAACAGCCGCAGCGGCAGGGCCAGGGCCAGGGCCUGGGUCAGGAGGGGCCGCGGCAUCAGCACCAGGGGCGGUGGGCGGACCUGCCUCCGGAACUGCUGCUGGAUGUGAUACAGAGGGUGGAGUCCAGCGAGGCGACGUGGCCGGCGCGGCGCCAGGUCGUGGCGUGCGCCGCUGUUUGCCGGUCGUGGCGCGAGGUCACCAAGGAUGUGGUGAAGACGCUCGAGGAGUGCGGCAGAAUCACCUUCCCCAUAUCCCUUAAGCAGCCCGGGCCUCGCGAACUGCCGGUACAGUGUUUUGUGAGGAGGGAGAGGGCGACAUCCACAUAUCUACUCUACCUAGGGCUCAGCCCAUCUAUGAAUGUGGAAAACGACAAGCUAUUGCUUGCAGCUCGUAAGGUCAGGCGUGCCACUCGGACUUCUUUCGUGAUCUCACUGGUCUCUGAUGAUUUCUCUCGCUCCAGUAGCACCUACGUCGGCAAGCUGAAGCCGAACUUCCUCGGCACAAAGUUCACGAUAUUCGACAGCCAGCCGCCUCCCGACGCUGUUGCGCUACCAAACAACAGACCGAGCAAAAGGCAGUCGAAGCAAGUGUCACCGAGACUGCCACUAGGCAACUACAACGUCGCCACGGUCACGUAUGAGCUCACCGUCCUGCGCAACAGGGGGCCAAGGAGAAUGCAGUGCACCAUGCACUCGAUACCAGCCGAGUGCAUCCAGGAGGGCGGGAAGGCCCCAACCCCUACCGGCACCGUCCAGUCGCUUGACGAGCCAGUGCCCACCUUACCUAGUACCACCAAGGGGAAGGAAGUGGCUGUACAAUUUUCUUCGACGAGCCUCAGCGCCGAUCUGUCUGGACCGGUUUCUGGGAACGAAGCGCCUCUAGUUCUGAAGAACAAAGCCCCGCGCUGGCACGAGCAGCUGCAGUGCUGGUGCCUCAACUUCCGGGGGCGUGUCACCGUCGCUUCGGUGAAGAACUUCCAGCUCGUCGCGUCAGUUGACCCUUCCCUAAACGUCCCCGCAGCGGAGCAGGAGAAGGUGAUCCUCCAGUUCGGGAAGAUCGGGAAGGAUAUAUUCACCAUGGACUACCGGUACCCACUCUCGGCGUUCCAGGCCUUCGCGAUCUGCCUGACCAGCUUCGACACCAAGCCAGCGUGCGAAUAACUGAAGGUAGCAUAAAAGCUGGGGUGGGUAUGUUCGUCCUGGGCGACGUGAAUUUCUUGAUCUUGCCACAUCGGAGCCUGUGCCCAGGCGAAAUGGUCGCUUGUGAUGGGGGUGUGAAGAUGAGCUAUGGCAUUUGUACCAUAGGAACAGAUUUGAACGACCUGGACUGUUAUAUGUAUCGUUGUUGGGAUGCCUGGCUGUGAAAUAUCACUGCCGCAUCGUAUCGAUAAUGGUCGUUGUGGCU